AGUCUUGUCUCAUGUCUAAUGUUUUCAUUUUUUUCAAUGUAGUGGCAGGUUAAAUCUUUUUAACCAUGCAAUUUUAUUGUUCUCUAAUCAUGCUGCAUCAUACAGAUAGGGAUUCUUUUAGUUCAUUAUUGUGUAAUUACGGGCAUUACACAACAUUUUAGCACAUUUUGAUUGUUAAUGAUGUAAUAUAUCAUUUUUAUACAAGCAUGUCCUAUUAUGUUUAAUUAGUUAGUAAUAGUCUGGAUAAUCUAAGAAAACGUUGAAGUUAUUUUAGUUUAUGUAUGGGCUGGGAAAACCGUUUUAUCAGGCGCCCUGCAGGCUUGCAUGUCCCAAAGAACCCAAGAACAAUAUUCAUGUUUCUAAUAGUAUAUAUGUGUUUGUAUUUUAUACCCUACUAUUCAAACCUUUUCUUGGCACUCUCAUAUUUAAGGAAAUCAGGGAACGUACGCUGUUCAGGAGCAAUUGCAUCUAAGAAACUGGUUCUAUGGGAAGGGAUCUUAAGGUUGUUGUAACGUCUUAGAUAGUACGGAGCAAGAUUUUGGGCUUUUAAUACCUGUAACAGCAUAGUUUGUGCAGUGCAUACACAGAUUGUGGUACUGUCACUAUACAAUCUGAGCUGUAAACAAAUGCAACAAAAAAGUAUGUAAAUGUAUAUUAAACUAUUGGAGUAUAUUAUGUAUUUAUUUUAUUUUCAUAUUUUAAACAUUGUUCAUUAGAAGAUACAAAAUUACAUGUGUACGUUUUAGUACGAAAAUCAGUUAUACUAAUUUAGUUACCACUGCUUCAAAAUCCCCAACACAUUCGUGUCUUCCUGUUCACCUGGCAUUUGAAUUUUAUUGAUUGUUGCUGUCAUAACAACCGUACAAUACACACAAUGAUACAAAUUUACUGUAUUGUUCCAUGCUUGGUCACUACAAAUAAUAGGCUGAACUUGGAUUGAAUGAGCACCACCAAGGUAUUGUAAAAAGUUACAUCCGAUUCGCUCGAUACUUGCGCACACAAAAUCUUAAAGCAGUGGACAUGUGUAUUCAAGAUGUCCUUGACACCAGGUUACUGGAGACAACUUUCACACAGAGAGAGGUGGAAGAAAUGCUCCAAGGGCUGAAGAUUUUAGUUCAUUCAGAGGUAGAAACGGAGCUGAUAAGUUUAGCUCACACCAGUGUUUUGUUGCUGAGCCAAGUCCUUCAACAGGCAGAAAAGUGGCAUUUGAGACUUAACAUAGAUCUCUCUGAAGUACAAAACAGUGAGCUUCUAGAACACGUGAAGGCCCUGGAGACAUCUGAACUAGGAGGCAGGACUAAACUAGAGCCUCUGCAGAGUGACGACGGCUCUCUAGAGUUGCUUCGGAUAGAAAUAGAACGUCUCCAAAGUGAAAACCAAAGGCUUGAAGAUAGCUUCAAACAUUUAGAAAAUCAGAUCAUUCAACUAAAAGAAGACAGGAACAAACUUAUAGGACUGGCAGAAAAGAAGGAUGAAAAAAUCUCAGAGCUAAAACUUGAAACAGAACAACUGAAUCAAAUAUUGAAACAACAAUCUACAACUACUUCUGUUCCCGAUGAUAAGCCAGAUGCUGAACACUUGCUGAGCCAGUAUGAGAAGGUUCUCAGCGAACAGCUCGGCUCAGAAAUGGAAGCAGUCAGGCAACAGAUGCAAACAGUCCAAGUGCAGUUGUCCUUAGCUGAACAGGAGCUGGAGAGGAAGUUCAACCAAACAACCACUUAUAUGAACAUGAAGAGAAUUAUUGGUAAGAAAAAUGAACAAGUGAAGGAACUGAGAAAGAAGUUGUUAAAAUAUGAACCACAAGAAAGUGCGGAUAGUGACUGAAGAUUUUGCAAAUUAAUUGUCAAACCAGCAAUUCUGUCUCCUAACACAGAUAAAAUCCAGCCCUAUUGUUUAAGGUUAUAUUUUUGUUUACUUUAUUGCAUUAAUGAUUAUUAUGUUAAUUUAUCUUUUGCAAUUAAAUGUUCAACUUCA